GAUCAAGUUCAUCAGGUCGCCUCGGCAACUAGUAACAUGCUCGAUCGAUACAUCGAAUAUCCUUCCAACACUAACACCGUCAACAGCUUGAUAUAGCGACAAAGACGUACAGUACAAAGAAAUGACCGAUAUGAGCGUACUCGGAGCUGCUCAGAUGCCCAGUCCGACCACGGCUGAGACGAUGGCCAAGGAACGAGCGAACCCGCCGUUCGACGUCCGGAAGCUCUCGAUCUCCAUGCACGGCUCGGAGAAGGCACUGGUCUUGAAGGAGAAGUUCAUGACCGAGAUAUCCCGCGACCCAUCCUUCCGCUCACACGACAUCCACGACCUAUCCAAAGAAGCUAUUAGGGAACGGACCAUGGAGAAGUUUGGGAGUAUGGUACAUUAUGUGAUCAAUGAGCCUUUGAGGGAGUUUAAUUUGAGGAUGCAGCUGGUAUCAACAGCAGAUCCGGCAUUCUGGACCCGCUUCGGAGUGCAUUUCGGGUUGUUCUUGGGUGCUUUGAGAGGGGGGUGUACGCCCGGUCAGAUGAAUUAUUGGAUCGAGAAAGGAGCGAUCGGGUUGAACGGCGUGAUAGGCUGUUUCGGGAUGACUGAACUGGCACACGGGUCGAACGUCGCCGGACUGGAGACGACCGCCACGCUGGACGAACGGACGGACGAGUUUGUCAUCCAUACGCCUCAUCUGGGGGCUACCAAGUGGUGGAUCGGAGGCGCCGCAUCAACGGCAACGCACUGCGCGGUCUUCGCACAGCUCAUCGUCAAGGGCAAGAAACAUGGGGUCAAGACGUUUGUCGUGCAGUUGCGGGACACCAAGACGUUUCAACUGAAGCCCGGCGUCAUGAUCGGGGAUAUCGGCAAGAAGAUGGGUAGGGAUGGGAUCGAUAACGGGUACAUACAGUUCACGCACGUGAGGAUUCCUCGGGCGCACAUGUUGAUGAAGCACACGCAGGUGUCGAGGGAUGGGAUCGUCACCGACCCACCUCUGGCUCAGUUGACUUAUGGAGCGCUUCUUAGCGGCCGGGUAGGAAUGGUAGCCGACUCGAGCAAUACGGCCAAGCGCGCCCUGACGAUCGCUGUGAGGUACGCAGCGGUCCGUCGACAAUUCGCCUCGGGCAAGAACAAGCUCGAAACGCAGCUACUGGAUUAUCCUAUCCACCAGAGGAGGUUGAUGCCUCUGAUGGCCCAGGCGAUCGCUAUCGGGUUCACUAGCUUGAUCUUGACCAACAUGUACGAGGAACUCACCCAGGCACUGGAAACUCUCGAACCAUCUGACCCCAACAUGCACGAGACACUCGAGAAGCUCAAGGAGACGCAUGCCACGUCGGCAGGAUUGAAAGCGUUCUGCACCUGGGCGUGUCUGGAGACGAUCGAAAAGUGUAGGCAGAGUUGUGGAGGUCAUGGGUACUCAGCCUACUCGACGCUUCCCGGGAUGUACCAAGACUUUGCAGUACAAUGUACAUGGGAGGGAGACAACACUAUCCUGGCUUUACAAGCGGGCCGAUCGCUGGUAUCGUCGUGGGAGUCGGCGUCCCGAGGCAAACCUCUGCCACCAGGUGUCAGCUACUUGGCCUCGACCGAGACGCUCACCAACAAGAGCAACUCGAAGCUCGACCUUGGCGAUAUCGACAAGGGCUGGGCGUGCGUCGCCGCGAACGCUGUGAAGAAGGCCGCCGUGGACUACGCUAGGGAGCUAGGUAAAGGAUUGAGCAAAGAUGAAGCGAUGGAGAGGUGCAGUCAGAGCCGAUUCAUCGCUGCCAAGCUGCAUACUAUUGGAUACAUCUUCCGCAUGGUCAAGCAGGCUGCCGAAACCCACGCUACUGGACCGGAGAAAGACGUGCUUGUUCUGAAUGCGAAGCUCUACGGACUGUGGCAAGUCGAGGAGCAGGGCGCCUGGUUUCUGAAAUACGGGUACUUUAACGCCCAGCAAAUGGAUACUGUGCAAGAGACAGUCGACAAGCUAUGCCUGGAUUUGAGAAAGAUCGCUAUCCCUGUCGUCGACUCGUUUGCGUUCAGUGACCACCUCGUCAAUAGUCCGCUCGGCCGUUAUGAUGGCAGGAUCUACGAGGCCUACUUCGAUCAGGUGCGAGCCUCUAACCCGCCCGUCAAGGAACAUCCGUACUUUGCGCGACUCAUCGCGCCCUUGCUCAACCGGGUCAAUGAAGCGGAUGACGAGAAAGACCCUGAAGAGGCUAUGGGUCUCGAGGAGGAGUUGAAAGAGCUUCGAGAAGCGUCUCAGAGCCAGAAAGACGCGCCGCAGAAAGUUCAGGUCGUCGGAAAGGGCAUGGGUGGCAAAGGCGUUCCUGGGGGUGGAGGAAGCGGGGCCGGAGGCGAUGUUGGGCAGGUGGUUGUGGAUGGUAAAUAAGAGAUUUCACCUCUAUAAGCGUUCUCAGUUGUAUAUCAAUAAGAUAGACUUCGCAUGAGUCUACCCAUGAAGACGUAUAUACCAUGAUGCGUGACUGC